AUGGAUACUUGCAAAGAUAUAUCCACUCCAAUGGGAUCGGGGACAUAUCUUGAUCAUGACGAAUCCAGAACUUCAAUUGAUAUCACUAAGUAUCGAGGUAUGAUCGGUUUGUUGUUGUAUCUAACGACUAGUCGACCUGAUAUUAUGUUUAGUGUAUGUUUAUGUGCUCGAUUUCAAGCAUAUUCUAAGGAAUCUCAUCUCACUGAUGUGAAGAGAAUAAUGAAGUAUCUCAAAGUAACAUCCAAUGUCGGCUUAUGGUACCCCAAAGUUAGUAUAUGUAGUCUUGUUGGUUUCUAUGAUGUAGAUUAUGUAGGAUGCACGACAUACAGGAAAAGCACGAGUGGAACAUGUCACAUUUUUGGAAAUUCUCUACUUUCUUGGUCGUGUAAAAAGCAAGCGAGUGUGUCUCUCAGCACUGCAGAAGCAAAAUAUAUCGCUGCCGGUAGUUGA